AUGAGUAACUACUUCACAGCACGCCGUUUUGGGGCCAACGUGCAGAUUCAUCUCCAUGACCUCCGCGGCAUCGACGGAUAUGAUACAGUCGCUGAUAUUCCCACACCUGGCGAUGAUAAGGACUGGACGUCAUACAAUGAUUUCCUCUCCUCUAUUUUCGAGAUUCUCAUUGCCAACGAUGUUGUUGAUGGAGUCUACUUUGACAUCACCAAUGAGAUCGACAACACGCAGUAUUACGGCAGGGGCAUUGGUCGGUUUUUGGACGUAUGGGGCCUCACUUACCAUCGUGUCGCGUACGUUUGA